AUGGUUUUAUCUGUCUACCUCUUCAUACUGACUUUUAGCCCUUCGAGAGCCCUAUUUGCUCCACAGUCUAUCACCAAUCAUCAAAGUGGGCAUGAGAGUUAUGGGCAGUUCAAAUUGAAGCCAUUUCCUGCUGGCAAACAUGUCUACACAAUAGUGCCGCAGGUCAAUCUAUCCACAGUUUUACGGCCAUUGAAUGUCGGGUGUUAUAAGGACCUCAAGAUAUACUAUCUGGCGAAUAUAAACAAUAGUAUUACACCAAUUUUCGCUGGAGAGUAAGUCAGCUCUAGACACGGAAAAAAGUUUCAGUGUCAAUGCCAUGAUAGACAAAGGAGUUAGGGCAUUCCGGUCACCAAUAAAUGAAAGUUUCGAGUUAACGUAUACAUCGGAUGAGUCAAUGGAUUGCGAGGACGAGUUCAUUUUUGGCCGUCAUGUCCCAGAAAACUUUACUUGUCCCAGGUCGUUUUAUAAAGCGACCAAAAGAUCGAGACUGCUACCUCAAAUUGGCCGCUUUGAUCAACUAUAUCGCCGUUGGUCUCGGCCAAUUGAUGUCUGCGUUUUCCAAUUCAAUUCGUCAAGUAUGGUCGAGAUUCGAAUGUUUCUUGAUCCAAAGAACAAUGAAACAGCAAUCUUCGUAUAUGAAACAAACAAUUACGCCGCGGGAUUGCAAAAAGAGAUAAACAGGUAAACGGGCGAUGACACCGACUACAUGGUUUGUUGUCUUAGAGUGGAGAUACUAUCCGACAAAAAGCGAGUGUUCACGAGCAGCACAAAUUCAGUAACUGUCGUCAUGUACAGAGUGAAAACGUAUGCUCUUAGUUUCAGACAAACCGAGAGAGGUAUGUGUGUCGGGUGACGUUUUGACCAUGCUGAAAAAAACGCCUUGUAAAGGCUUAAAGCUGCAACAAUUUCAGAGUGUAAAUGUAAUCCAGAUAAGGUGAAACUAGACGCCUCCCCAUAUUACGAGAUCUCAACCGGCUAUCCCGAUGAUUAUUGUUUAUAUCUCCAAUGCAACACUACUUUCACUGCAGCUUCACAAGUUGCGGAGAAUCUUCGGACUGCCAUCGUUUUCAAGCUCAAUGAUUUUGACCUUCCUAACCUGGAUUGGAUCGGAUAUUGGCCAGGAGGAUUUAAGUAUGUUGAUCGAAGUUCAUGAGAAGAUUUGCGACCUUUUAGAGUGAAGAUGAACGAUUUUCGAAAUCUCAAAUUAAACUCUAUUGUUGUCUUCAACGAAACAGCCCAUCUGAGGCCUUGUUCUUGGGGUCAUCAACCCAGAAGAGGGUAUAAUAUGACCGUGGAAGCUGUUGCAGUUCACAAGGAUUGCACUUGUCCUGAAUUGGACGGGAAUCGACUUUACUUUGAGAUUAAGCCAUGGUGUGAAUAUGUGGACUGCUUGUGGGAUUUUGGCCAUGGAAAUGACAGUAAUUUGGUACUACAUGCUUUAUUUCUCUAUUCAAAUCAAGCUUUUCAGAGAAUGGACCGCCGGCUCAAAAUCUUCGAUAACUCAGUCAUACAUCAUGAAACCGAGUUCCUAGGCUUAGUGAGGCAUCCAUGGUUACCUGUCAGCGAGUGAGUUAUAAUAACUGAAAGGCCGGUUUUACCCCUUGGUGUAGAAUAACCAUUCCAACCCUGGGGCAUCACAGACUCGCCUAUAUCAAAGGCGAACGCUACAGCAAUGUGUUGUGGUUUCAUCGACAAAAAAAUAGCGACGGAAUGAACGGGCAUUCCUUGGUUGAUAUUGCGGUGGAGAUCAAAGCUGGUAAGUAAAGUCUGAUUCGUAUAAUGAUAGACUGCGGUUGCCCGGAAAGAAAACUGAAAGCGUCGUUGGAAUGGGCAACCUUCAAUCUCCCCGGCUCUCCAGAUUCCUAUUGUCGCGACGUUACGUGCUGGAGCAACAUAACGUCGCCGGAGGGCACAGUAAUUGAAGUUAGAUUAGAGCUUCCACCGCCCCCAUAUUUGGCAAAGUUCUAUGUUUACGAUGAACCCGUGCACUUCCAUAAGAAGAAAGGAAGGACUAUGAUAAGGUGAGUGGACUGUAGGCAUAGCAAACAUGUUCCAGUUUGUGGCGCCACAACAUUACAAUCUCGCAGAACGUGAGUUCAUCGAAUAUCAUAGGUGUUGGCUUCAAUGGUUUGGACUUCGAAUACGCUGAACCUUUUUAUCUACGAUACAGAUACGUUAGGAAGGGAUCGCCGACUCUGCUGUCAAUUCUCAUGUGCUUGCUGAUUGGUUUGUUAGCAGUUACUGCGGCCUUCAUGUGGAAAAGAGGACGGUGA